GUUCGCGAAUCUCAGCUGGGUUCUACACCGCAGGAAGUCGCUUGCUUUCUGGAUCCGUUGUCCCGUCCGUCAGUAUAGGCGGUUUCCGGUUUUCCGGUCACUUGGUUUGGCCUGGUGUGGUGUGGUUGGAGUGACGAUCGAAAACGGUUUGGUUUUAAUCCCAACGGUUCAAUCGGUGGUGUAAUUAACGUCGACGGUUGCGGUCUGAAGUCUUCGGGUGGUGGGUGUGUGUGUGUGCGUCUGCUGUGGGAGAUUGGGUUGGUUGGAUUUCCCUGAGGGUUGUUCGUUAGAAUCGUGUGGUGAUUUUUUUCACGCGUGCAAUGCGUAAAUAGUUAGUGGGGGUUUGGGAAAGUGCAAGUGCAGUUUGAAGUUUCAGGGGAAUCAUCUCCUCUAGACAAAUCGGAUCGUUCGUCGAUGGAUUAAGCCGCAGUGAUUCGGUUGAGUGGAAUAAGUUUCAUGUUUGUGCUCGCAAAAAAAGUUAAAGAACAACAGUUAUCAAUUUCUGGAGCCUCGGGAAGUUGAGCUAGUGCAACUGCCGGAAAACGACGUGAUGAUAGUUUAUAAUACGGAUUAAGAGUAUAGUGAGCCUCCGGGGGUGUGCUUUACAGGCGGAAAGCGCAUAAGAAGCACUUGAAGAGGAUACGUGAAAAAGCGAUUUUCCGGUCUCUGAAUAAGUAGUUCAAGUGUGCUCCCAGUCCCAGUGUCGGUGUGUAUUCGGCUGUACGUGUGAGAAGCAUUUUCGUUGGAAUAGACGGGAGGAACCUCCCGCUUCCUCGCUUCCAGAUCAAAGGAGGACAAGCGUUGCUCACUUGCCUUUGGAAUGCUUAGCUUGGAUUAACGCAGCAGCAGCAGCAUCCGUUUGGUUGUCGUUUUGUACGGAUUCGGUGUGUUUUUUUUUUUGCUUGGAUCGUGAAGAAAAGAAGUCCAAAGUAGGAACAAAACCCCCAGGAGGCAUUUGACUCCUCUCAUCUUACGGUACGGCGUUUUCGGAAUAGAUUUCGGUCGUCCGUUGGUUCCAGAAUAAGGCAGUGAAGCACUGUGUCAGUGGUGUGUUGGUGGCUCGUUUUGCCGCACUUGAGUGGCCGAAUAAGUGAUACGCCAUCGAGGAGGCAUCAGGAUAAUAAAAUAAUACCAUCAGUGGCGAAAAAAAAAGCCCAUUCGCGAUGGCCGAUAAAGAUAAAUGGAUCUUUAUUAACGCAAUAAUUGCGCUGCUGUGCGUUCACAUCUGCGGAGCCGUUGUGGGGCUACGCAAUUUGGCCCUAGUCAUCAAGCCGCCCUGGGUUCGCCGGGGCCAAGAGGCUCAGCUGCACUGCCAGUACCAUAUGGAUGACAGAACACCACUCUACUCGGUGAAGUGGUACCGCGGUACGCUGGAGUUCUAUCGGUACUCACCGUUUGAGAAUCCACCGGCGAAGAUUUUCCCCUUCACCGGGAUUAAGGUCGAUAUGACAGUUUCGAACGCAUCGCACGUCACCCUGCGGAACGUGGGCUUCAACCUGUCCGGUAACUUUACCUGCGAAGUGACGGCAGAAGCACCGACGUUCUACACCGGCGUGGCCACCAACGUCCUGACGGUUGUCGAACUGCCGCACUCUCCACCAACCCUGUGGACAGAGCACACCAAGUACGACCCGGGGGACAUCCUGCGGGCCAACUGUUCGACACCGCCCUCGAAGCCGGGUGCCACCAUCACGUUCCUGCUGAACAGUAUGACGAUACGACCGACACCGAAUGCAGUUCCUGCGACGAAUCUAUACAUGAAGAAAUGGAAGAAACCAUCGUACGAAGAGAUCCAGUCCUUUCAAGAUAACUGGACGUGA